AUGGAACGCGCAUUUCCAUUAUUCCAACUUCCUGAAAAUGCUAUCAUCAUAGUUCUCGAAAACCUGCGUUUGGGACAACUGUUCGAAUUCUCCCUUCUCUCUUCAAAAUGCAAAAACCUUGUGAUAUCGUUAGGCUUUAGAGUCCGUCAUGCUUACAUCACCAUUUCUCGAAAGAUUAGUCUAAUUGUGUACACUGACACAUCUGUUCUCGUUUUACACUUCUAUAACAAUUUGAACGAUCAGAAUGUGGCACUACCUGCAGACAUUACUCUUCCAGUUGAUGCGUUUCUUUCAUUAGAAAAACAAAUAAUUCAGUCCACUACAUUCAACUUCAGUGAUUGGUUGAAUUACAUUCGGACUGUAUUCUGCUUUAAAAAACCACCGAGUGUUUAUUUUCGUGAAGGCUGUGAGAGAUUUGAGGUUCAAUAUUUAAAAGAAGCGAUUGGAAAUGUCGAUGUUCUUUAUGUGGCUAAUGAAGUAACUGGUGUAUAUAACAAGGAAGUUUUGAAACGUUUCAUUGCACCCAACUCAAUGUCUCUGGGAAGAAAUCUAUUCGAUGAAACUUGUGAAGUUCAAAAAUUUUUUAUACAAAACUUCGAAAGGGUGGAAUUCAAUGAUGUAUACUCACUGGACGACAUGCUAUUGUUGAAUAGUGAAAUAGUCAAAUUUUAUCGUCCGACAACCCAAAAACAAAUCAAUCAAUUCCUCCACCACUGGAUCCGUGGCUCAAAUCGAAGACUGCAACGAAUGUCUCUAUCAAUUGGUGACACUGAUUUAGUGAGAAGGGAAGUGCUUCUAAAAGGAAUUAAUUUUGUGGAUGUGGCAGAAGAAGAGCAAUUAGAAAUCUGUCGAAAUCACAGCAUUGACAGUAAUAAUCUGGUUGAAAUCAGACGGAAAGACGGGACACCUGCAGUGAUUGCGGUGAACGAAAGACGCCCUUUUCUCAAUGUCCACUUUGUUGUUUUAUACUAA